AGCUGCCGUCAGCCCACCUGACACCACAGCACGGCGGAGACGAGCGGACAGGCAGCACCGGCCAGCCUCCCGGUUCGCAUCACAACAAACCGCGUCCUGGAGGGGAAUGGGGGGCCACCUAGCCCGCUAGCUAACCGACUACAUUUCCUAGAAGCGGAAGGCGCACGGUCGGCGGUCCUCCAAGAUGGUAUCGUGGAUCAUUUCGAGGAUAGUUGUCCUCGCCUUUGGGACGCUCUAUCCAGCAUACUCCUCAUACAAGGCUGUCAAAACGAAGAAUGUGAAGGAAUAUGUGAAGUGGAUGAUGUACUGGAUAGUAUUUGCGUUGUUCACCACAGCAGAGACAGCCACAGACCUGCUCCUAUCAUGGUUUCCAUUUUACUUUGAGCUAAAGAUUGCCUUUGUGAUCUGGCUCCUUUCCCCAUACACCAAGGGCUCCAGUGUCCUCUACCGCAAGUUUGUCCACCCGACCCUGUCAAACAAAGAGAAGGAGAUAGAUGAGUACAUAGCACAGGCCAAAGACAGGAGUUACGAGACCAUGAUGAGGUUUGGAAAGAGAGGCCUCAACCUGGCUGCUAAUGCUGCUGUCACUGCAGCCACCAAGGGUCAGGGUGUGCUGUCAGACAAACUGCGGAGUUUCAGCAUGCAGGACCUGACUCUCAUCAACGCUGACGAUGAGCUGGCUCUGCACACUUCAGACACGCGCAUGAGACGGGACCCCAUGGAUGAGAUGAGCUCGGGGGCCAGCACGCUGCCCCGGGCCAAGAGCAGUGCUGCACGGCAGACCCGCUCGUUGGCAGCAGCGUCCCUUGCUGAUGACACGUCAUCCCAACACAGCUCUGACCAGUCAGACACGAGGACUGAACACUCUGAUGAAGAUGUAGGAGACAAAGCCCCCAAACGUGGGACCAGCGUCAAGGCAACCAAGAAACCUCCUGCUGCUGCUAAGACAGAGACUCAAACUAAGACGGUGAAGAAGCCGACAAAGAAAAAGACCACGACUAACAAUGCAGAGACGCCACCAUGAGGCCUGCUGUCCACAUCCACCCCCCUUACACUCUCUCCACCCACAGCCUGCAGGCUCUUCUUUCUAAGUUUGUUCUCCACACAAACACAUAUACACUAUAUAUAUAUGUAUAUGUAUAUCAAUCACAGAAAUUGCAUCACUCUUGCUAGUUUUUAGAGCAAAGUGCAGAUUUAGUUGUGGCCGCCUUUAUGUAGGAACAUCUCUUUUACAUUUACUGAGUUGUUGUAUAUUUUAUUUCACACAGAUUUAACAGCUGGAGAUGUUUCUUGGACUUUUUCUUUUAUAGUCUGAAGAUGGUUAAUCCUCCUUUUUCCUUUAACCCCAAGGCAUAUAUGUAGGUCCUAAACAUAGCUGAUAACAUGAGCUGGCCAUGUGCAGUUUUCCAAUUUCAGUGAUGUUACUGAUUCAUGUUCUGUUACUGGCAGGUUGACAUUUUUGUUGGAAGUAUUUCUAGUAAAACAUUAUGUUCUUCAAGCCUAGUUCCCCAGAUUUGGGUCCUCUAUGUAACCUCUAGAUGCUGGUUGAAAAAUCUCAUGCAGGCCACAGGUCCAGAUGCAUCUUCAUCUUGACCUGGCCGUGAUGGUAGAAAUCCUCAGACACAUCACCAAAACAGCUGACUUUAAUUGAUCCUGAGAUUUUUUUUUUUACCAAGGAGUAAGACGGGCUUGAGAUCAAUAGUAGACAUCCUUAAUGCUGUUUCAGACCUCAUCGUUGCCACUUUUUCUUUUUUUUUUUUUUUUUAAAUCCCUAAAAUUUGAACCUCUUUGACAGGAUUUUUGGCCUUACAGUUUGUGGAAGAGUUUAAAGUUUAGCUUCCCCUCAUCAAGUCUGUUUACCUCUGAGUGAGUCUGGCUCUGCUAUGUUCAGGUCUCACUUACAGCAGCCUUCUUUCUCACUGCUUUAAUGUGACUUUGAAGUCAUGGACAGUGCUGGUGAUGGAGUGGAGUUUGUUUAGUGUUGGCUUAGUUAUCCAUCAUCUAAGCAUCGCGCUCUGAAGUUGUAUUUAUUCAUGAUCAUUUAUUUAUUGCGCUUCUGUUUUAUCCAGUUCUGUUAGUCAUGUAAUAUUAGGAAUAAAUAUGAUCAUAUACCUGGAAUACCUGGGCCUCCCGAGGCGAUGCUGUAACUGAGUGAUGAUAGCGCUCUCUCCCAAUAAAUACAGUAGUCGUAGAUGAGUUGCCAGUGUUUGUGAGGUAACGAAUCUGCUUUUGGUGACGUCUGUAUAUUGUUUGUGUUUAACAUUAGAAAGUUUUACCCAACUGCGUGGUGACACUUUGACACUUUGCCUCACUAGGAAAAAAAAGCCGGUUAAAGCAAAGCAAUAUGGAAACAAUUCAAGCCAAACCAACAUCAGGAAAUUGUGUGAGAAGUAUUUUCUCUCCCCCAUGCUUUUGUUUCAGAUGUGGGGGGAGUGGGAGUAUCAGACCAGGCUGUGGGUGUUUCUAAAACACACUGGACUUUAGUUUUUUGAGGAGCCUCCACGUGGGGCACGGUAUCUUCUGAGAGCUGUGCAGUGGGAGAUUUAAAAGCAUGAGACUACUUCUGCACUCAUUACUGCGGUUUGCAGCGUGAUACUAGUAUGAACCAAUAGGUGGAGACAAAGCCCAACUCAACUGUUGGCAAAGUUACUAAACAAAAUGUAAACACAGUGUAAAUAGUAAAUUUAACUUGUAUAUAGAGUAUGAGCUUGCUUGCCUUAUUCAUUCUCUGGGCUGACAUCCGUUUAAUUUCUUAAUCAUUUGUGUGUGUUUCUUUUUUAAAUAACAUUUACUUGUCUUUUCAUGAGACAAGACAUUUUAACUCUUCUCCAUCACAAAGUAGGGAAUUUCCAGACUGAGUUUAAACUGGUGUUUGUACGUUUAUGUCCUGUUAUAAAGCGUUUAAAGGCCACAAGUUCUUAGUUUAAUGUUUGCACUGAAUAAAGAGAAGACAUCACAUAAUUAGAGAACGUUCUGUUUUACCAACAAACAACUCAGCAUUUUUAUCUUGUGUCAUUUUUGAAUAUUUAUUGAUUAUUUUGUGUUUAAAAUCAGUAUUGUAUACAGGGAUGUUCAUUUGUAUAUUGUUUGUGCCAAUUCUCAGAGCUCCACGUCAAAGAGGAUAACAGUAUGAGUGCUGGGACAAUGAUAUCUAACAAGGUCAUGUAUCAGUAAUAAAGCUACUAAUAAAGAAAUUAAAUCGGUGUGUUAUUGCCUGUUGUACAGCUGAACUCUGGAGGCUCACACUGACUUGGUUUAGUUUCUCGUGGGUUCUGUUCUUCCUGUAUUAACACAACCCAGCCUUUCUCUAUUUUCUCACCU